ACACUCCCAAAAAACAAGGAUCAUGUACUUUUACUUUUAGAAAGUGAGCAGAAUCAUUUCCGAACAUAAUGUAUAGUUCCUCCAUACGGAUUAGAGUAGAGAUCAUUCAUAUUUAUUGAUUCCCUUGGAUCCGACCGAAGAAGGCAAGCUCCAGAAAACGGUGCUGCUCUUUCCCUUGAAAACAAAGCGGUAAAGAUUAGAGCAGGUGGUUUUACGAUUUGCUUCAAAGAGCAGUAAGUUUUUCUUCUCUGUCUUUUAAUUUAUCGACUCAACUUCUGGCAGUGAAUUAAUUUCUGUGUGGAUAUUGCGUUGGAGUUCAAAGAUUCAAGCUUUGAUGGGUGUGCCACGUGUCACUCAUGAUUCGAAGUUUCAACUACAGAAGUAUGCUGCUGAGAGAUUCGACAAUUGUGAUGGCAUAAGUUGCCUGCCGAAUGACAUUCUUGUUGUCAUAUUGUCUUCCCUUCCGCUGAAAGAAGCUGGGCGCACAAGUGUUCUUUCAUCUCGUUGGAAGAACUUGUGGCAACAAACCUCGCGCCUCAAUUUUGAUGCCAGCAGUGCACUGGUCAAGAUUGCACAAGAUUACAAGUUAGACAGUGAGGAGGGGCGCGAGUACGUAAGAUGGGUGAACUCAGUCCUCAAAUCUUUGCCAAGUAAACAGGCACUCACCUUGGAACACUUCAAGAUCUGCUUUGGUAUAAGAAAAGCAUGGUAUGGGACCAUUACAAAGUGGCUUGAGUUUGCUUUUGAGAGACGAGUUGAGAAGUUAGAGUUGCAACUUCAGCCUUAUAAGAUUGACUAUGACCAAUUAGAGAACAAGUAUGUCUUCCCGGAAGACAUCUUGUUCCGAAACAGCAGUGAUAUCCCUCACCAUAGUAUUACACUUUUCAACUUAAAUUCCCUGAAAGAACUGUGUUUGACCUAUGUUUCGAUCAGUGAUGAAGGUAUUAAGUUUUUCUUGUGCAACUGCUCGUUACUGGAGCAAUUAGUUCUUGAAGACGUAAAUCAAUUAUCAAAUCUUGAAGUUUGUGGUGCAUCUCUCGUGUUAAAAAGAUUGUAUGUAAUGUAUUGCUCUGAUUUGGUAUCCAUUAAGGUAUCCGCACCAAACCUCACUUCGCUUGCAGUUAUGGAAAAAAAUGAACUCGUGUUUGAGAGUGUUCUAAUGCUUGAGAGUGUUCCAAUGCUUGUGGAUUUAGAUAUUCUCUGUCGGAGAGAAAAAAUUCCAUUGUUAGCUCCUGCACUAUUUUGCUGCUUUUCCCAAUUGAAGAUUCUUACCCUGCGGCUGCAGACUUAUAAGGCAUGUGCUAUUGUGUGGUUCAAAUUUCCUGAGAUGCAUGGUUUGAAGAAGCUGGUUGUAAUUCUUCGCACAACAUAUGAUGAAACACUUAUUGGACUAAUGACAUUCAUUAGGAUAUCUCCCAACCUAGAAGAACUUGUGUUAAAGGUUACAUUGUUCUCGGGUUUGGCAUUGGGUAGGAGAGAAGUGAAUGAGGGGACACCAUUUCCACACCAACACCUUAAGGUGUUCAAGUAUUUAGGCUAUCACGGCCAUGGCAGUGAUUUGGAUGUAGUGAAGUUCAUUUCGGAAAACUGUGUCCGGCUUCAACAAAUCAUUAUCGGUACAGCCAAGCCGCUCGAUCUUUCGCGCAGGCCACCACAUCCUGCUAAUUCGAAAUAUGAACAAGUUCGCAGAAGUUAUGCAAAGCAGCAGCUGGAACCUAUAAUCCCUCCCCACAUUACAUUUACUAUCCUAUAGGUUCUUUUAGUUUUUAAACAAUGCUGCUGCUGCUCUGUACCAGGCCACCCGUCAUCUCAAUAACUCCAGCUAGUACCCCUUUUGCUCUACUCAUUUGUUUGUUGAGUAUUACCUGUUUGGUAGACUAAAGUUACUGGUGCAAUUAGCAUUUACUCUGAAAUUUAAAGACCCAUAUGUUACCAGCUUUUCUUAACGUUUU